UCCUCAAAAGAUCGAGCUGUCUGCGCGGCGCAAGGCGACGAGACAUCCUGACCCGGGAGCGUAAACAGCCAUCGGGACUUGAGGCGGCGGUCGGGUGGGGUGGGGAGCCAAGAAAAUAGCGUACAAAGCGGACUCGAGAAAACUUUCCACCCUGGAUUCUCUACUUUUGAUCCAUGGACAGAGCCCAACUCAGCCAAGUUACGGACAGACUAUAAGCAGUCCCUGCUCAUUUUACUGUGAUCUGCCUGUGGGAACGUUGUCUCCAACGCCAAGUAGUAUGGACCGGAGAAGCGAGAGUCCUUGCCUAAGGGAUAGCCCAGACAGAGGGAGCGGCAGCCCUGAAGUCAAAGGUCCUCCCCCGGUGAAGGUGGCCAGACUGGAACAGAACGGGAGUCCUAUGGGAGCCCGAGGGAGGCCCAAUGGCUCUGUCACCAAAUCAGUGGGAGGUUUGAUGAUCCCUGUCUUUUGUGUGGUGGAGCAGCUGGACACUUCUCUUGAAUAUGAUAAUCGAGAAGAACAUGCGGAGUUUGUUCUGGUUCGCAAAGAUGUGCUUUUUAGUCAGCUGGUGGAGACUGCGCUUUUGGCUCUUGGAUAUUCUCACAGCUCGGCAGCUCAGGCACAAGGUAUAAUCAAACUUGGAAAGUGGAACCCCCUUCCACUCAGUUAUGUGACAGACGCGCCCGAUGCAACAGUAGCCGACAUGUUACAAGAUGUCUAUCAUGUUGUGACAUUGAAAAUUCAAUUACAAAGUUGUUCAAAGCUGGAAGACUUGCCAGCAGAGCAGUGGAACCAUGCCACAGUCCGCAAUGCCUUAAAGGAGUUGCUCAAAGAGAUGAAUCAGAGCACAUUAGCCAAAGAAUGCCCUCUUUCCCAGAGUAUGAUAUCAUCCAUUGUAAAUAGCACAUACUAUGCCAAUGUGUCAGCAACCAAGUGCCAGGAGUUUGGAAGAUGGUAUAAAAAGUACAAGAAGAUUAAAGUGGAACGAGUUGAAAGAGACAACCUGUCAGAAUAUUGUGUUCUUGGUCAACGUCCCAUGCACUUACCAAAUAUCAACCAGCUGGCAACCUUGGGCAAAACAAAUGAACAAUCUCCUCAUGGUCAAAUACACCACAGUACUCCAAUCAGAAAUCAAGUGCCAACACUGCAGCCAAUCAUGAGCCCUGGUCUUCUCACACCCCAACUCAGCCCACAACUUGUCAGGCAGCAGAUAGCAAUGGCCCACUUGAUAAACCAGCAGAUUGCAGUAAGCCGACUACUGGCUCAUCAACACCCACAGGCGAUUAACCAACAGUUUCUAAAUCAUCCACCCAUUCCUAGAACAGUCAAACCAGAGCCAACAAACUCAUCAGUGGAAGUCUCUCCAGAUAUCUACCAGCAAGUUAGGGAUGAGUUGAAGCGGGCCAGUGUAUCCCAAGCUGUCUUUGCAAGAGUGGCUUUCAAUCGCACCCAGGGAUUGCUAUCAGAGAUACUGCGUAAAGAAGAAGACCCUAGAACAGCUUCCCAGUCCCUCCUGGUAAAUCUGAGGGCAAUGCAGAAUUUCCUCAACCUGCCUGAGACAGAACGAGAUCGUAUAUAUCAGGAUGAGAGAGAGAGAAGUAUGAACCCCAAUGUGAGCAUGGUGUCUUCAGCUGCCAGCAGUCCAAGUUCCUCCAGAACCCCCCAGGCCAAAACCUCGACACCGACAACAGACCUCCCCAUUAAGGUGGACGGAGCCAGCAUCAACAUCACAGCUGCCAUUUACGACGAGAUCCAACAGGAGAUGAAAAGGGCCAAGGUGUCUCAGGCUCUGUUUGCCAAAGUGGCUGCCAACAAAAGUCAGGGCUGGCUCUGUGAGCUGCUCCGCUGGAAAGAAAAUCCAAGUCUGGAAAAUCGUACUCUGUGGGAAAAUCUGUGCACCAUCCGGCGCUUCCUGAAUCUUCCCCAGCAUGAGAGGGACGUCAUUUACGAGGAGGAGUCCAGGCAUCACCACAGCGAACGUAUGCAGCAUGUCGUCCAGCUUACCCCUGAGCCUGUGCAGGUCCUUCACAGACAGCAAUCCCAGCCAGCCAAGGAAAACUCGCCUCCAAGAGAAGAGGCCCCGCCCCCACCUGCAGAAGACACAUGUACUAAAAAAACACGUUCCCGUACAAAGAUUUCUUUAGAGGCUUUGGGCAUUCUUCAGAGUUUCAUCCAUGAUGUUGGCCUCUACCCUGAUCAGGAGGCCAUCCACACGUUAUCUGCUCAGUUGGAUCUGCCUAAGCACACCAUUAUCAAAUUCUUCCAGAACCAGCGUUACCACGUCAAGCAUCACGGGAAGCUAAAAGAGCACUUGGGUACUGUGGUGGAUGUGGCAGAAUACAAAGAUGAGGAGCUGCUGACUGAGUCAGAGGAGAAUGACAGUGAGGAGGGCUCUGAGGAAAUGUACAAAGUGGAAACUGAAGAAGAGAAUCCUGAAAAAAAUAAGGCAACUACUUCAGAAACUGACCAGAGAUAAUGUGAAAACAUCACAGGCAAAGCAAUACAUUGAUCCAAGUUUUUGGUUUUCGUGCUUCUCCUCCUUUUUUUUUUUUUUUAAUGUGUUUGGGUUUUUUUUCCAGUGCACAUAGAGAAUGUGCAAAUUGAACAAUUAUUUUGCAUAGCCCAAUCAGACAUUCCCUUGUAACAGGCACUUAAGUGUUACACUUGUUGUUUGACUGAGACAAUGUUAAUUGUAAUUCACAUAGGAUUACAUUAUCCUUAACCUUGCACUUACGAAAGGAACCUCUAGCAAGUUACAGGAAGAACUAGACCUAUGAAAUCAAUGAAGGAAACGAUAACAACGUGUGUGUGUGUGUGUGUGUAUAUAUAUUAUAUAUAUAUUUACAUCAAUAUAUAUAUAUAUAUGAAAUUUGCAUGGGACAUAACAUUACAAUCUGAAAGUAUAGACUGUGAAAUGAGCUCGUUAAAGAUGAGUCUUGUUUAUGUAUUAAAAAAAACCACUUCACAAUGAGUUGCUUUGGCUUUUAGAUAAACUGCUGCCUGCUCUCAGGGUGUGGUUACUAUUUUGGAAUACCUAUUUAUUUUCUAUGUUUAUCCCUGAUUCUUUUUAUUAUUAUUAAGGCUUCCAUUUUGG